AUGGUGAAAGAGAAUAGGAGUGGAAAGGGAGCAUCAUGGGUACCACAUGCAAGACCAAUAAUAAUAAAUAAUAAUAACACAAAUGCAAAGCAUCAGCAGCACCAGCAACACACCAGUCCAAGUGGUGAUGUGCUGUUGAAGUGGGGCCACAGGAAGAGAUCAAGGGUCUCAAGGGCUUCCAUUGAAGAUUCAUCAUCUUCUGUUCACACCAAGAACAAGAGAAUCAGCCACACUGUCUCUGCACCCCUUCCUGCCAAGUUCUCCUCUGCAUCCAUGCCGCCGCCACCACCACCGCCACUGCCACCACUUGCUUCUUGUACUGCCUCCAAUGGCAGCAGAGGUAGAAAGGAUAACCCUAGGAAUUUGGAAGAUGCCUCUGGAAACGAGUCACCUUCAAAAAACAGCCAAGGGAGCAACCCAGUUGUUUCAAGACCAAAACUGUCAUCAUAUUCUGUUAUGGAAAGAAGCAACAGAAGGAUGGCAGCAAAGUGUGAGAAGCCAACAAGUGGAUCUUCAACUACACAAGCCUCUGAGAGAGUGAAUAGUCAUGGCCAUGGGGAUUCAGCAUCUGAACAAGAAGCUGGGAUUCUCACUGCUUCUGCUAAUAGAGAAAAUGUCACUCUUGAGGUAAUCGAGUGGCCAAGAAUAUACAUUGCUCUCUCGAGAAAGGAGAAAGAAGAUGACUUUCUUGCUAUGAAAGGGACAAAAAUUCCUCAAAGACCAAAGAAGAGAGCAAAGAACAUUGACAGAACCUUACAGUACUGUUUCCCUGGGAUGUGGCUAUCAGAACUGACAAAGAGCAGAUAUGAGGUUAGGGAGAAGAAAUCUGUGAAGAAGCAUAAGCGCAGAGGCUUGAAAGGAAUGGAAAACUUGGGCAGUGAUUCCGAGUAG